GAUCAGUUUUAAUCGUAUUGAUCCGUUAUUUAUGUAUACACAAUUGUUAAAAGAAGCACUUUUGCAAAUAGAAGAUGAUGAUGCAAACUCGAUUAAGGAACUCGUUGAAUACUGUCGUCUUCAAGACGAUGUUUCCAAAACAACACUUGACAAGAUCGAACGAGAAUAUCGUAAUCAUUCACCCAUUUGGUGGUACACAGGUCCAUAUUUGAUUUACUCAAUGCUCAAUUGUGGUCUUCGACAAAUGGAUGUCGAUAUUAUCCUGAAGAUGGGUUUCUUCAUUCGCCAUUUACAUAAUCAUAUUAAAGAAUUACAUCGCGAGCAACAAGACAACUCCUCAACGACAUUUCAAGUCUUUCGUGGACAAGGUUUGUCCAUGGAAGAUUUUGAAAAAAUGAAAAAAACCAAAGGAGGACUUAUGUCCUUCAAUAAUUUCCUGUCAACAAGUCGCAAUCGUAUGGUUUCCCUGGAACACUUUGCACGGCCAGCUGCACAGAAUCCCACUUCAGUUGGAAUCCUCUUUAUUAUGAACAUUGACACGGCUAUUUCUACUAAUUCAUCGACACCUUUUGCCGAAGUAAGCAAAGUUGGUUACUACGAAGAUCAAGAAGAAGAAAUACUUUUUUCAACACAUGCGGUUUUUCGUAUCGAUCGCAUUGAACGAAUUCCCGAUAAUCACUGUGAUCGACUAUACGAAGUUAAUCUCACUAUUGUGGGUAAUGACAAUCAUGAAUUGAACACACUUACAGCACAUAUACGUAAGGACCUGGGUGGACGAACAAGAUGGUCUCGACUUGGUGUCAUAUUUAUUAAAGUGAGCGAACCUGCAAAAGCAGAACAACUCUAUCAGAUCCUCAUUGAAAAGGCGCCUUCUGAUAAAGAUCGAGCAGAAUACAAUCAUCAACUUGGCUGGGUUUAUGAUAACAUGGGCGAGUAUUCGCAAGCACUUUUAUAUUACCAAAAGGCACUUAAUAUCAACGAGAAAAUUCUCCCUCCGAAUCAUCCCCACUUGGCUACUUCCUACCUCAACAUCGGUAAUGUGAAUAGCAACAUG